AUGGCAUCAACUGGCAACGCUGCAGCAGGGGGGCUCCUCAGAGACCAUUUGGGAAGAUGCUCUGACGCUUUCGUUGCCAACCUUGGGUCAUGCUCAAUCACAAGAGCCGAACUCAGAGGGGCUUUGGAAGGGCUAAGGAUUGCUUGGCGAAGAGGCUUCAAGAAGAUACAGCUUAACUUGGACUCUUCAACAGCAAUCAACAUCAUUAAGAACUGGGCGGACAAUGACCAUAACCAUGGUUUGAUUGCUCAACAGAUUGGUGAACUCCUAAGUAGGAGAUGGGAAGUGAAUGUAUGUCAUAUUUAUAGAGAAGCAAACUUUGCUGCUGACUUCCUAGCGUCCAAGGGUCAUUGUGUUAAUUUUGGCACACAUCUCUUCGAUGUGUGCGACCCUGAGCUCAGACACUGGCUUUUGUACGAUGUUAGAGAAACCGCCCAAGAGCGGGGUAUUUUAAUCUAA